AUGGCAGAAGUCGUAGAGGCAGUCCGCCAGGCUGCUACCAUCGAUGGCCGCAUCGCCGCACUAAGGCGGCUCAAGAACUAUCUCGUUGGUCACGAUCAGCGCAAGGAGAUGGCGGUACACCAUGGUGCCAUACGUCUACUUACCGACAUCUUGAAUUCGAGUUCGCGGGCAGCAGGCAAGCACAGAGGCGGCCUACAUUCAUCGCCUACAUCCACACAGCACAUGACUCCCGAGGAUGAGUUGAGAUUGCAGGCUACCAAUAUCGUCGGCACCCUGGCCAAUGGAGGAUGUGCCUUCAUACUUGCCCUUCUAUCAGCAAACGCCCCAGCCAUUUUGAUGAGCUCACUUGCAACGGACUCUCCAUCCAAGCUCACAACCGCUACAUUGCAGACAAUCAAGAACAUUGGAUCAUGUUGGGCUGCCUCUCAAAGUGUCUUGGAUUCUGGCACACAGGCUGCUCUGGAUUUGUUUAGUGAACAGAGCUCACGCAAUCUACACGCCAUCCUCGUUCAGCAGAACAUCACCCCAGCUCUUCACCAACAGCGACGUUUGGUCACGGACAUCAUAUCUAUUUGUGCAACGAGCGACGCCAUCAAGAUCGAGCUGGUCGCCAACUCCUCUUUGCUCGAAACACUAGCUGCGUUGUUGGCCGCACACGCUGUCGCAACCGGUCAAACUAGCUAUCAAGGUGGUGCUUCCCAACUACCGCCGCCACCACGACCUGCAGACGUUCCAAGCAUUCUUGCUGCAAUAUCCACCAUCAUCACUGGUUCACUCUACCGUGCUCAUGCCUUUUCCCUCUCAUCUGUGAUCGGGAGACUGUUCGCUAUCAGCGGAUCGAAUAGCGACCAGCGACAUCGAUUUGGCGCCAAGGAUGGCUUCGUGUCUCCGGAAGAUGGACCACUACUGCCUUCUUUGCAUGUCCCGGCGCAUGGGACCACAAGUUAUCAGUACAGCUCGCGAGCUUUCCCAGCGGCUGCGGCUCUGCAGACCCCUACCCGUAAAGGGCCCAUCGGUCUAGAUGAUGCGCCGAAUGGAGGAGAUGUGGAUCACGCCAAUGCUGUCUGUAGCUGGCUGCUAGUACUGGCUCGAUCGAUGCAAGGGUCUGACAGACUGGCUGCGCUGAAAUUGCUUGCUCUGGUCAAUAAUGCCAUAGACACUGAUACCUUCAACAGCGGUCAUCGUAGCGAAUAUGUGCAGAAGACACGGGAGCGAAAGAAGCAGAUGUCCUUGCUGGCUGUCCCUCUAGCCGUGAAUAUGGUUCAGCUGGUCAACGAGUCAAAGUCGGUCGAGGCUAUAGGAACUGGAGAUCGUGAUGCUUUGCUCGUGAAGGAACAGGCGUGUGAGGUUCUGGCUUUGCUGGUCCGCGAUUUCGAGGAGUUGCAGACCGCUGCUGUAGAUGCUGGAGCCAUCAAGAAUGUCUGCCCUGUACUGAAGAAGAGCUUCGACAGUGUGCCUCUUUCGAAGCCGAUGUGGGCGCCGAAAACAAACGCGCUUGAUACUGCAUCUGCGCCUGUCACCUGCCUGCUUGGUAGCAAAGGCCUUCCAUCGGAGAUACUGCAUGCUAUGCGCUGCCGUCAGGGUGCACUGCAAGCUCUAUCUGCAUUAUCUGAACGAGAGGAUGUUCACAGGAAGCUCAUCGUUGAAGCUGGCGUGGUCCCGUGCAUUAUCGACUCGCUGAAGCCCUUUCCGCCCGAUUAUGCGGAUAAGCUGGUGGCGAACCGUGGUCAGGUUGGGCCGAAGGAUGGCAACACCACGCCGGUCAUACUGGCUGCUUGUCGUGCGGCGAAGACCAUGUCGCGAUCUGUCAGUCUUCUACGGACAAGCCUCAUUGAUGCUGGUGUUGCAAAGCCCAUCUUCCAGCUGCUUAGCCAUCAAGAUCCGGAAGUACAGCUGGCGGCGACAGACGUGUGCGCCAACCUCUUGCUUGAAUUCAGUCCGAUGCGAGACGACCUCAUCGCCGAGGGCGUGAUCAGGACGCUGACAAGUCACGCGCGUACCAGCUCAGCGGCUCUGCGACUGUCAAGCAUGUGGGCUUUGAAGCAUCUUGUGCUGUCCUCACCCAAGGACAUCAAGAUCAAGACUCUGAAUGAGCUCGGCUCUGGCUGGUUAGUCAACGCUAUCGAAGGUGAGCAUCGUGACAUCGUGACAUCGCACAGUAAUGGUGGAGGCGUCAGCGUUGGUCUUAGCACACCCAAUGCUGCUGGCGAGCAAGUCGAGUUACUGAACCCGUCCACGAUGGACGUUGACGAGCCAGCAGAGCACGAUGAAGAUGGCGAAGUCAUGUAUGACGAGUCGUCUAGCACGCACUAUCAGGCAUCACAGCUUCGAUCAACACUCUCCGCAUCGAGCUCGACGUUCAACAGCAGACAGUACCUCUCGUCAGUCCGCGAACAAGAACAAAAUCCAAUCCUUCGCGCCAAGCAAGACGAUGUCGCGGUCCAGGAGCAAGCUCUCGACUUCGUGCGUAACUUGCUCAAUGGCGAAGACUGUGCUUCCAUGCUCGACCACUUACUGCAACAACUCGGUAGCAAUAAAUUAUUCGAACUCUUGACAGCUCACCUCGCACCAUUGCCAUCGAGUGCACGCUUGACAGGAAGCCACGGUCGUCAUGUCUACGGGCCGAGUUGUCUGAUCUACAGCACAAUCAGUAUCCUAACCCACAUCGCCAACGCCAUGCCCCGACAUAAGCAAAUGCUCAUCGCUCAGCGAACGCUUCUCAAAACCUGGCUACCCCAUUUCACGCACCAGGACAGGAAAGUAAGAGCGGCGUGCCUAUGGACAAUCAACUCCUUGACAUGGAUCGAGAACGAUGGGGAUCGCAGGGAUGCACGUCAGCGGGCUGAGCAGCUGCGUAGUGUGGGGAUUGAGGCUGCUGCGAGGGCCUUGACAGCUGAUGCGGAUAUGGAUGUGAAGGAGAGGGCGAAGACGGCGGUCAGGCAGUUUGAUCAGCUUUCGUAG